AUGGCCUCCUGGCAGCCGGACUCGAUCAAUAUGAUGUCAAUCACACCCAAGGAGAUGGGACCACCGGGCAGCCAGAAUAGUGGGUGUGCUUCCACGUGUCUCGGGACCAAACAUGAACCAUCUCUGCACGAUAUUACCUUAGAGACUGAAGACGCUCCGUCCACUCCACAGCCACUGUCUUGGUUCAAGUUGAGGGAAUACUGCCGCGAUGCCUUCUCCGAGCUCUUCGGGACCAUGAUCCUCAUUCUGUUUGGCGACGGGGUGGUCGCCCAGGUGCUGCUCAACCACGGCCAGAAAGGCGACUAUCAGUCGAUAUCUUGGGGCUGGGGGCUAGGCGUCAUGCUCGGGGUCUAUGCUAGCGGCACCUCUGGAGCACACAUCAACCCCGCCGUGACCUUUGCCAACUGUGUAUUUCGUGGCUUUCCCUGGCGCAAGCUGCCUGUUUAUGCACUGGCCCAGCUCCUCGGUGCCAUGUGUGGUGCCGCCAUCGUCUACGGGAACUACAAAUCCGCCAUCGAUGUCUUCGAGGGCGGGCCGGGCAUUCGCACUGUGCCGGGGUACUCGACGACAGCAACAGCGGGGAUCUUUUGCACAUACCCGGCUGAGUUCAUGACCAAAACGGGCCAGUUCUUUUCAGAGUUUCUGGCUAGUGCCGUGCUGAUGUUCAUGAUCUUUGCUCUCAAGGAUGAUGUUAAUUUCGGCGCAGGGCCACUGACGCCCCUGGCUCUGUUCUUUGUGAUUUUUGGUAUUGGUGCUUGUUUUGGGUGGGAGACCGGGUAUGCCAUUAACUUGGCACGCGACUUUGGGCCCCGGCUGGUGUCGUACAUGCUGGGGUAUGGAAGUGAGGUAUGGAAAGCGGGCAAUUAUUACUUCUGGAUCCCCAUGGUUGCACCGUUCCUGGGCUGUACAUUUGGGGGUUGGGUCUAUGAUGUGUUUUUGUAUAGCGGGUUGGACAGUCCAAUCAACACGCCCUGGAUGGGAAUCAAGCGGCUGCUAGGGCCAUUGCACCGGAAGCACGUAGUAUUACAGAACCCAGUCUGA